UGACGUCAUCACGCCCUCCAGUGUGCGCGGUGUCCCACGGACGGCUGGAGCGGCACAGACUCACGCGAGCUCUCCGAUCGGUCCGGACGCGCGCGUGUGUUAUUUAAAAGGCUCGAGGCACGCGCGUCGGGAUCAGCUCGAUAACGGAGCCGUGACGCGAUGGAGGGAGCAGCGGAGUCAGACACGCCCGUCCCGGGGAAAUCAGCGACGGACAGAGCGGCGGCGCUCGCCCGCUUGUUGCACCGCGACUGCACGCGUCUGCUCGAGCUCUACAAAGAGCGGGAGAGCUUCCUGUCCCAUCACGUCCCGGGCGGUGAGCGUCUGGUGACCCUCGCCCUCUGCCCCGAGGCCCCGAGCACAGCGGAGCAGGUGGGACACGUGCGCUCGGCCCUGCGCCGCUGCAAGGAGCUGCUGGAGUGUCUGAUCAGCCGAGAGGUGGAGGAGAUGGGCCAAGAGCUGGAAGGCGAGUUCGAAAGCCUGCGGAAGACCGUGAAGGAUCGCCUCGGGCAUCUCGUCCACAGCACCGGAGCUCUGCUGGAGAACGGGGAAGGCGGCUGCCCGCCGUCUCCACAGAUUCAGUGCAAUGAGGGUCAGGAUGAAGUUGAAGGUUCUGGUAGUUUUGCUGCUAAACUCUGGACCUAUCGAGUUCUGCUGGAGCUCAUCCACUGGACAGAUUCUGCCUCUCAGACGCUUCACGUAUUCCACACUGAAACGCAAGGCCAGCAGCAGCAGCAGCUCCUCUAAACAACGUGAAGAGAUCGUGGGCCAUUUUCCUGAACCAAACUCAAUCAGUAUGUUUAGUCCAGGACCACGUUUAGUGCAGGAAACGCUCCCAGAUUAAAUAACUCGACACAUGUCAAGACCGAAGACUUCUAGACCUCUGACAGUCUGAAUGAUGCUUGUACACGGAUUUAAUCAGGCCUUUAGUUUAGACUAAACUUAGUUUACGACUAUAAUGGAACCAGUAUGAACAAGAAUGUGUUAUUUAAAGCUCGGUUCAAGCAGUUACAAAAAAAGUUGUAAUGUAUCUCUCAAGCUCUCGUUGUAAACAAUGUAUCAGACAAAAACCUCUUUAAAAACACAUUUGCUUCGGAAGAUUGUUUUCAAAGGAUAUGUUUUGAAUUAGGUUUAUUUUUUACCCCAAUGACCAAUUGUUUGCCUUGUAUUAUAAACCUCUCAAAAAUGUAGAUUAGGAUAAAUUUAUGCUUAAAACAGCAAACAUCUUAAAUUCACUGGAAAGCAAGACAAAAUACAAGCUGUUUUCAGGGUCUGAUGCAGAUUCUGUGACUCUACGGUCUUGAUAUUGUGUGAAUACGAUAGUUCAGAUCUAUAACAGCGUGCCCUUCAGAUCUAAUAUGGUAGAACAAUUAGGGCUGUUUUGUGAAAUACAUCACCUCUGGAUCUCUAGGGCUUCAGACACACUUCAACAUUAGUUACACACUUGUUAGCUGCAACCCAAAUUGAUUUUACCAUUGGUGUCAAAAGAACAGACAUUUACGCAUGGAGAUCAGCAGGGGUCAGUACUGGGUCCUUCACUGUUCUGCCAUCACUUACUCUCCUUCAAAACCAAUGCAAUGCUCUGUAUUUCUGACAACACAAACAUGUAAAAAUGAACAAAAGCAUCUGUUACAAUACGAUUUCAUUGUAUUAUUUCUAAAGGUUUCUCACGGAAGUCAAAGUCAUGCAGGUUUGGAACGACAUAAAUGUGAGUAAAUGAUGGCAGGAUUUUCUGAUCGAAAAGAUUGAGGUGCGCUCAAAAAUAUUUAGGCUUGAAUUUAAGAUUUAUGUGUUUAAAUUCCAUAUAAAAAGGCAUUUGGAUUACAGUUUUAACAUUUAACAAGCUAAUAAACUUAAUGUAAUUCAUACUUGUCAGUCGAACAUUAAUGAAACGGGUCAGAUUCAACACAAUAACCAGGUUUUUAUAUUUAUCAUCAGUUUGUUUUAAUCUCAUACAUUUUAACUGACUGAAUAUUGUUUGUUCCACAGCUAGAAAUAUUUUAACCAUGUUCAUACUUUUGAACUGAAUACAUUUAAUUAUUUUCUCAUAGAACAGAUUAAUGCAGAUUUGAAAAAUAGAUGCAAAUAGUUAACAAUGAACUAUGCCAUUAAAUCUGACCAGUGUCAUUAAUGACUGACAUAUAUGCUUCACAUUGAGUUUAUUAGUUUAUGAUAAAAACGUGUAAUCCAAAUGCAUGGAAAUUUAAUAGCAAUUCAAACACAUAAAGCUAUAAUUUAGAGCUAAAUAUUUUCUGGUUUACUGUUACGUUUAGGAGAAAGUCCUAGUAGUGUCGUUUCACCCACAAACAAACGAACAAAGUUUAUGAUUUGUCAGGUUAGAUUUAUUAGACAGUAAUGAAGAAAUGAAGUGUUUAUUGUUAAGUUUCCCCACAUAUAUGACAGUGAUCUGAAAAUGACCUGAGACACAAGAACAUGUAGUGAUGAAACACGCUUUAAUCCCUGCAGAACGACGCGACUAACACUCCUCAUACUGUACUAACCGUUGAUGUAGCCUUGACUUAGACUGUGAAUUACUGUAUGAUGCAAGUCAUAUUUCAUUGUGAACUAAAUGAAAAUCAAAGGCAUUACUGAAAGUGAAAAUAAUAGUAUUAUUUUUUAGAAAAAAAAACAAAACACUAUACUUACAACCAAAAAUCUGAAUGAUUAAUAUAUUAAUUUCUUUAUUUAUUCUUUAUUUUUACUGAGAUGUUCUGUAAAUGUAACACUGUGACGCAUUUCUUUGCUAUUAAUACCAGCGCUGCUGCUGACAGCUAACGAUGAAGUUAUGAAUGCUGUGAAUCUGUCGUCAUAUUCAGAGGUUUAUGCACUGUUUGAUCUGUGAGACUCACACUAACUCACGCUUCACGCCAGAAUGUUUGCCUGAUGUUCGUUAUAUUAUUGAUCACAGUAUAAUGUAUUUGUCUUAUUAAUCAAUAAAUUAUGGGAUGAAACUUG